AUGACCCUCAAGUAUCUCAUCACCGGUGCUACCGGCGGUCUGGGCUCCCAAGUGUUGUCCUACCUUGUUGCCAAUGUCCCCAUCUCAGAAUAUGCAGCUGCUUCGUCAAGCGAGGCAAACCGCAAGGGGUUCGAGAACCAGGGAAUCGCCUUCCGGGUCGUCAACUACGAUGAUCCACCAAGCCUGGAGACCGCAUUCCAAGAUGUCGAGAAUCUCCUGUUCGUAAGCACCAACACCUUCGACGUCGAGAAGAGGCGCAGACAGCAUCAGAGUUUCGUCGAUGCUGCGAAGAAGAUGCAUGUCAAACAUGUGUGGUAUACAUCUCUCGCCUUUGGCGGGUUCGGCUCCUCCGAGGCAGAUGUGCAACAGGCUCAUUUGCUGACUGAGGAGAUGAUGCGAAGGUCCGGCAUCAAUUAUACAUCCAUCCGCGAGGGCCUCUAUACCGACGCCUUUCCAGUAUUCAUGAACUGGUAUCCCAGCACUUCAACCAUGUAUCUCACAGCCGACGGGCCCAUCGCCUUUACCCUGCGCGCAGAGCUAGGCGAAGCCACCGCCCGUCUGAUGAUUUGCGGCGGUCACGACAAGGAAGUUGUUCUGCUGACUGCUCAGCAAACAAUUACAUUCUCCGAGAUCAUUGACGUUAUCAAUGAGACCACGGGCCGAAACGUCCAAACCAAGUUUGUUUCCCCGGAGGAAUUCGUGCGGUUGAAGGCUAUCGACGACGAAGGAGGGAAAUCGGAGGCAUUUUUUCAGAAGCUAUGUUCAUGGCAUGAGGCCAUUGGCCAGGGCGAGGCCGCCACGACGGAUCCCCUCAUGGCGGACUUGCUGGGGAGAGAGCCGGUCCCGCCCCGAGAGGCGAUCCGGGGCUUGUUGACGGAGAAUCGAGACUAUGAGUGGCAUCAGAACUAUGUGAACCGGGGUUAG